AUGCGAUCCUCGCUGCCGAUGACCCUUUUGGCCCUUGUGCCUACUCUAGUCGCCUCCACCGCUACCCCCGAAUGCAUAAACUCCAGGGCCAAGGAGCUUGCAGGAAGGUCGCUAUGCGGCGACAAGAAGACCCUGCGGAAGUGCUAUGAAAAGGCCUCUGGCGAGCUCCUCGAGAGCGCUAUCCAGGAGUGUCUUACCAAUGCCGGUUGUACAGAAGCUGCAGCUGCAGUUGAGGCCAGCUACUUGAUUACGUUCUGCGAGGGUGAGGAGGGCGAAUUGAAGAGAAGAGACGUUCGUGUUGCACGCGAUUCAGUAGCCUCUGGCACCGAUUCAACCACGAGCUCAGAGACCACGACGACUACCACAGACUCUACGUCUUCGACAACCACGAGCGUUGCGUCGACAGCUUCGACGGGCACUGUCGCCAAGCGUACCGACACGACGACUGCAGCUUCCACUACAACUGCUGCCACGACCGCUGCGGCAACCACCAGCAACUCAUGCUCAACUGCCUCCAAGACCAAGGUUUCGGCCUGUGACUCGGACAAUGAGUACAACUGCAGUAUGACCGAGACCGAGACCAUGGUCUGCAUUGCUACCAUGUACUGUGACACGGACUCGGAAGGCAACAACCUGUGUAUGGUUCGUCAGGACGGCUUGACGACUUCCGGAGCCGUUGUGACCAUCUUCCUCGCUGUUUGCCUGACUGGUAUCAUUGCUACCAUUACCUUCCUCUGCUGCAAGGACCGCAAGGAGGCGAAGCGCAACCGCGCUCGUGCCGAGGCCGCUGCUAUCGCCAAGGCCAACGCUCCCACGAAGCCCGCCACGAGAAGCGUCAGCCAGAGAACUACUGGUGAUGCCCAGCCCAACCCCUUUUCUGGUUAG